UUUACAUGUUGCUAGCUGAACGCUUCAAUAUUGUAUCGGUGGAGAAUCUAGGAUUAUAUUUUGCCAGAUAUGGCUGUAUAUUUGAAUAUUCCUCUAUAUAUCAUUAAUUGACAAAAAAGGAACAAAAAUAACCUUUGCAUCGUGUGUUCGAAGUGUCAGAAGCAGUUUCAGAAUAGCCCUACAUGUUUUGCUGGUUCGCUACUUUCAUAGUUUAAGAUGGCUGAGAGGCAGUAUCAUUUGAAGUUUGGUGGAAAUUCUGGCGCGUCAGUUGAUGCUUACCUGGAAUAUAAACGCAUAGUUGGAGAUGAUGAUGGUGGUGUCAUGUUUACACCGGAGCAGUAUGAAGCUUACAAGAAAAAAGUCCUGCCAAUGCGGCUUAAAAAUAGAAUAUUCACAGCAUGGGCAGCACCAAAUGGCAUGGACUGUAAACUUGUAGGUCCAGAAACAAACUGUUUUUGCACUCACAAAUAUUCAAGUCACAAAACAGACUUUGAAAACCUUCCAGAUGAUCGUCCAAUAUUGCUGCCCUGUAAAGUGAAGGGGUGUGGCUGUGUUUCCUACCAUUUUGUGCCCCGUAAUGGGAGUCAGGCCCUGAGGUGUACAUGUAAACACUUUUCUGACGACCAUUCCUCAAAACAACCAUUUAAAUGUAAAACAGGUGGCUGUAAAUGUGAGAGAUUUAAAAGUUCCUAUACAUGUGGCUGUGGAGAGCCAUACAAUGCACAUGAGAUGAUAGUGGAAACCAAAGAUGAGAGAUUAGCUAGAGGUCAUCCUGUUGGUCAAGAAGGUGUUCCCUACCAGGCCAUGGGUGGAGUGACCGGCUUCUCUUCGUUAAUGGAUGGCUACAUGAGACUUGACCCAAGUGGAACAGGUGCACCUUCCCUUGAGUUUUUGAACCAGCCUAUUACUUCGUCGGACAAUCCUUUCCUCCGGGGAAACGUUCAGUCUAUCAAACAUCAUCAGACGAAACAAAGAGCUAUAGCAGGAGGUGCAGGACAUUCAGAUGAGACGGAUGCUGACCUGGCGGAGAGAAUGUCGGCUAUGAGACGUCCAGGGGAAUCAGAUAUGGACUACUUUGAAAGGCGAUAUCAGGAAAGGCAAAAAGCUGAGCGAGGCAGAGGACGGGCAAAAGCACUACCUGCUUCAAGAGUAGCGGUGGGGAAAAGGACCACAACACAAAACAAACCAAAAUCAUGAUGCUUUGAUUAUCCUAUUGAUGUUAAGUCAGCAAAGUAUUCAUUAAUGGUAGCAUAUGUUGCUAUGGUUUGAUAUCUUUGGAUAAAAUGUAUUGCUAUAAUUUCUUAUCUGAGGAAGACGUAAUCAUAAUGAAAGUCUAGUGUAUCAAAUUUAUGUAAUAUUGUACUGUGAUAUACAAACACGUAUUGAUUGUGAGAUGAUAGCCUAACUUCCUGUAAUAAAAACGUUAAGCAUUAAAGGUUAAGUAGAUAUAAAUGUUUAGUAGGAAUAUAUCUGUUUUGUAGACCACAUGAUUUAUUAAAACUUUGUUGUUGUAUGGGUAAUCCAAACAAAUUCUGGAACAACAAAUAUCUGAGGACAAAUCCAUUAAGAAUUGUUAUUAUCAGAAACAAAAUGAUAGAGUUAUGUUGAUGUCGUGCCGUAGAAACCAUGCUGAUUAUCUGUUUGUCACAUCCAAUAGUGAUACUUGAUAUAUUGUUACAGUGUUAUACUGAUGUUGAGUCUGUGCCUUUGUUGGACUUCCAGUUUGUUUUUUUAAUUGAAAAACAAAAAUGAAUUCAUCAUUACAACUCGUAUGAAAAUCA